AUGUCCAACAAAAGUGUCAAUGAACCGGGCAGUGUGCCAGGGUCACAAUUCGGAAACUUGAGCUCCGCAGACGCUACACCCGGGGAUACUCAGGUCAUCUCCCAGUCGGUUUACGACAGUAUCAUCAGGCAAAAUGGGGAAGAUUCCAUGCAAUCGGAUUAUUCUCAAACAGGGGCGGAUGGAGCGACACUGAGAACAUUACACGAGGGAGACAGUGGCCAUCUAGAUCUCAUCUCUGAACUGGACGUUGCACGACAUGAAAUAAACCUCUCCCAAGAUGAUGACAAUGAUGAAAGCACUUUAGACCCGAGCGAGUCCUCCCCGAUGGUCUACGCACCCGAUCUCUUCCCUGAAUCCCAACGAUUUCUGGCAGAAACACCUGGAACGGUGGUGAAAAAGAACGAGCCAAACGGCACGGUAGCCGAGACCCCAAGUAUCUCACGAAAUCCACUGGCCGGUAGUAUCCAGUCUAGUGGUGGUCUGCUUGGCCUGAGCCAGGUUUUCGGCGGUACUCAGGCUCCCUCGUCACCCAUUGUCCACGGCCUGCAGACGGACCUCGUAUCGGAUCGUCCGUCACCCAAUAUCCCGAUUCAACGCGUCCCGGUUGUCAACGGUAUCUCGUCCCCAACGAUGGGCCUGCCGGGCCAUUUCGUGAGAGAAUCAUCCGAACCGAACAUGAACUACAUAUCGAUGAAGGAGUCACAGACAAAGCGCGAUCGGACUUUGGGGGAGAGGUUGACUCGAUCGGCUGAUAAUCUCCAGUCAGACCAGAGCGAUAAGGAAUUCUAUAGGGAGUCUAGCUUCAUAGAACGCGCGCGACGACAGCGAGAAAUCGACGAGGAAGCUGCAGCCCAGUUUGCCGGCCUGAACUUCCCCGAACAACUGGCGGGGCCUCAAGAUGAGCAAAUGAUAGAAGCUAUUGCUAGCGAGGAAGAAACCGAACAAGAAGAAGAUCUGCAAAUGCCUCAGUCACAAGAGCCUCAUCAUUCUUCAACCGAAGAAGACAAAGAGAACUACGACGGACCCCCUCUGGACCCAACUGCUGCAGCGAAUGCCCAUGGCCGGCUUUCUCAGAUACUCGGACUUGAGCCAAUCCCUUCUCCAUCCCCUGAGGAAGAUGAUACCGAAAUGGAGGAUGCUAUGGAUUGUCAAGGCUCCUUUCGCACCCACAAUGGUAAUCAACCUAAUGGUGUUCUGCGAUCUUCCCAGGUGAUGAUAAAGGAUUCCCAACCAUCACCGCCGUCAUCACCGAAACGCAUAGGAGUGGAAAAUAUUGGUGAUGCUCCUCGGCGGUCACCUUCGCGCCCUUUGAUUAAUUCUCCUACACGACAGUGUCUUCAGUCUUCGCCUCCUUGCUCGCGACCACAAUCAAGACAUUCGAACUGUAAUAGCCAGAGACGUGUCUCUUUAUCGAAUGACCGUGCCGCGGAGCCUGUCAAGAAUGUAUUCAAUGGACAAAUACAAUCCAGCAACCCUUCAGAGCAACAAAAUGUAAGCUCAUCGCAUUCUAGAGUGGACCAGGGUGCUGGGGGCAACUCAUCAUCGAUGCCAUCCCGUGUGACCGAGACACCUGUUCACCAACGCCUCAAGCACGUCGGCGAUACGGCUCGAUUGAUGAGUAUCCCAGAAACAAGUCCCAGUCGCUCUCAAUGCAAUUCCGAGGCUGGCUCGAAUGGGAACGGACUCAACAACGAAGAUGACGAUCUUCCUCCAAUGUUCGAUGGGAUUCCUAGCAUUCGAACCAACCACACCCGUCCCGCUGGCGCAAAGGCACUCUCUUCGCCUCUCAAAAAAUUGUUGUCCAGCCCAGGUGGAGGGCAACGCAGGGCUUUAACUGAAAUUGCAGCUGAUCUUUCCCCACAUGUUGGAACGGGAGGAUUUGAUUUGGGGAUCGGGAUAUUUACCACUGAGGAUCAAGAGUUCAGAGCCUUGAUUGAUGGAUCGCCGACUCGACCAAAGAAGAAGAGACGUGGCAAUGAUGGUUCCAGUUACAUUGCCUCCGAUCCUAUCAUACCUGUCACCCCUCGUCCCCAGCCCCCGAAGUCUGUCGCACCCAUUCGACUCACGCAAAGUCGACCUCCUCCUAUUCCCGAGGAUCCCGAUGAUGUCCCUUUGGUGCAAGUCCCCGAAACGGCCGUGAGGAGACAAUCAAAGCCUCCACGAAGAGCCCCCGAAAAUGUCUGGGAAAUCGAAGGAUCACCCGAACAGCCCUUCCGUCGGAAAUCAAGGAUCGGCAAGACGGCUGCUUCGCCGUCGGUGCAAGACAAGCAUGUCCCAGAAAAAGGCUCCAGACUUAGCGCGAGACCUGCAACGCCGCCUAGGGCUGUUGUGCAGAAUCAACUACCGCCUCCAUCCUCAGCACCCACUGAAGUUUCAUCAACAAUUGCCUCGGACGAUAUAAUUGAUUCAGAGGCUUAUAGCGUCGAUGGUUCCCCAACUACACCUCGACCAUCGUACACUCCAUCUGAACAUGCUGUUGUUGCUCCGAGCCAAGUUAUCGCUGUCUGGAGGGGCCAGAAACGGGCGUAUUACCCAGCGACAUGCUUUGGAACACCAUUGGGUGUAUCACAGACAAAGUACUCCGUCAAAUUUGAGGACAGUCUUGCUGUCGAGGUGCCGAAGGGCGCCGUCAAAAGAUUCGAGCUUCGUAUCGGAGACUCUGUUAAAGUCGAUACGCACAAUGUUCCAAAAGUCACUCACGUUGUCCGCGGAUUUGAUGACAAGCUCACAAAAGAGGAGCUUGUUAAAGCCGCUGAUGAUGGUCUUUAUCCUAUAACUGACAUAUACGGUCACACAACUGUCAUCGUCGGUCUCAAGCAGCGCAAAAGCCUCCCGAAUGGGGGUCUGGGCAACAGUGAAAAUGUGAUUAAGGUGCCCAUCGCUCGUAUCUAUCUUGAUAGUAUCCUAUGGAACCAACUCAAAGACCGGGCCUUCACACACCGACCAGCAGCGCCUGUUCAACCAGAGGACAUGGUUCAGACCCCAUCUGAAAAGUCGUCCGUUCUAGCUUCUCCCAGUGCUCGCUUGUCGCGCAGUAUUCACCAAGACAGCGGCAUCUUCGCUGGCAUGGUCUUUGCAGUCUCUUACAAGGAAGACGAAGCAUCUAAGAAUCGUGUGACUAGGCUGAUCAUGGAGAACGGCGGCACUAUUUUACAUGAAGGAUUCACCGAAUUAUUUGAGGCUUCCUCAAUUGUUCCUAUUGAUACACCCAGCAAAGGUGAAGCCAAGGCUCAAGACGUCAAUGGCGGGGGCCUCCGUCUCACAUCUCUUGCUGAUGACGUUGGCUUUGCCUGUUUGAUUGCUGAUACCCAUUCCCGACGGGAGAAGUACAUGCAAGCGCUGGCAUUGAACCUCCCAUGUUUAUCUGGUCGGUGGGUGGAAGACUGUAUUGCCCGAGGUACUGUCCUCGACUGGGAUGUCUAUCUCCUUCCGGCCGGCGACUCAAUGUACCUCAAUGGAGCAACGAAAUCCAGAGUCAUGGCACCGAAUCCCCCAUCCACAGCUCGCCUGGUAGAAACUAUCUCAGCACGGAAAAAGCUGCUUGCAGGACAAUCAGUGCUUCUUGUUAUGGGCCGUGGCAAAGCAGAGGAGAAGAGGAAGGCUUAUAUUUUCCUUACCUACGCCUUGGGGGCAUCCCGAGUUGAGCGUGUUCCCGAUCUUGGCACUGCCAGGGCCUUACUAGACUCGCAGUCUGCCGCCGGCGUGCAGGCUAGUUGGGACUGGAUCUAUGUCGACGAUGCAGAUCAAGCUGCUGCAAAGUCGAUGUUAACGCCAAAACCAAAAACCCAGAGAAUUCAUUUGUUCCAUGGCCAAAAGCGCAAAAGGUCGAUUGCACCGUCCACUCCUACGCCCCCCAAUGGCCUCAAAUGCGCUGCGCGAAUUGUGGGCAACGAGUUCGUUUGCCAGAGUCUGAUUCUAGGGCGAUUGUUUGAGGAGUGA